CUUCCAACAUUAAUCGUCUGAGCAUAGAAGGGCUACAAAAUCAGAGGCAGAGCUUCCUCUCUCUCUCUCUCUGUAGCUCUGUAGUAGCAUCGAUACUUCAAGUUCAAACAACGACAGCGACAAAUCGCAGACCCCACAAAUCUCUGCAUAAACCACCCCCCCUUCUCGGUCGCUCUCCCUCACUCCACCUCUUUCUCUUUCAGCAAUGCCAGCUUCCUCCUCAGAGACUCGCACCAAGUGGAGGAAGAAGAAGCGAAAGAGAGACCCCCAAAUCACUCGACGACCCAAGCCCCAAGACGACGACCUCGACGAUGAUGACGAAGAAAACGAAGACGACGACGACGACCUCGACCAACAACAACAACAACCCGAAUUCGAAGAAGACCCUCAAUCGGGUCCCACCGAUUCGGCUCCGAUUGCCCGCGAGAACGAGGUCUUAUCGGAUGGCGGGGUUCGAAUCUCCCACUUCCCUCCCGUGAUCAAGCACACAGUCAAUCGCCCCCACUCCUCUGUGCUUGCGAUUGUGGCCCUGGAGAAGGCGAUUCAGUGUGGGGAGGGCAAGAACCUGCAGAACGGCGUCGUAUUGGAGAACGUAUCGCAUGGACAGCUCCAGGCUCUGUCGACCGUGCCGGCGGAUAGUCCGGCGUCGGCCGGUGAUCAGGGGUCUUCUUCCACGGCCGCGUAUGUGAUUACGCCGCCUCCGGUUAUGGAGGGUCGAGGGGUUGUGAAGCGUUUUGGGGCUAAUCGAGUUCAUGUUGUUCCAAUGCACGCAGAUUGGUUUUCGCCCAGUACUGUGCAUAGAUUAGAGAGACAAGUGGUGCCACAUUUUUUCUCUGGGAAGUCAGCUGAACAUAGGCCAGAAAAAUACAUGGAAUGUCGGAACUGGAUUGUUGCCAAGUACAUGGAGAAUCCAGAGAUGAGAUUGUCAGUUGAUGAUUUCCGAGAAUUGGUAGCUGGCACUGAUAUUGAUGAUUUAACUCGAAUUGUUCGGUUUCUUGAUCAUUGGGGAAUCAUUAAUUACUGUGCUUUUGCUCCCAAUCGUGAGCAUCGUAGUGAUGGUUCGUAUUUGAAGGAAGAUUCAAAUGGUGAGGUUCAUGUGCCAUCAGCUGCUUUGAAGUCCAUUGAUAGCUUAAUUCGGUUUGACAAGCCCAAAUGUAGGCACAAGGCAGCAGAUGUUUAUCCGUCAUUGUCAUGUCGUGAUGGUGAGGAGUCUGAUUUAGACAGCAGAAUCCGAGAGCGAUUAUCUGAGAAUCGAUGCAAUUGUUGUUCCCGUCCCCUGCCCAUUGUCUAUUAUCAAUCACAGAAGGAGGUUGAUAUACUACUAUGCUUGGAUUGCUUCCAUGAUGGAAGAUAUGUUAUUGGUCACUCAAGCAUGGACUUUAUAAGGGUUGAUUCUACAAAAGAUUAUGGUGACCUGGAUGGGGAAAGUUGGACAGAUCAGGAAACCUUACUGCUGCUUGAAGCAGUGGAAAUCUACAAUGAUAAUUGGAAUGAAAUAGCGGAGUAUGUUGGUACCAAGUCAAAAGCGCAAUGCAUCCUUCAUUUUGUCCGUCUUCCAAUGCAGGAUGGCCAACUGGAAAAUAUUGAAGUUCCAAUUGUGUCCCUCUCCUCGAAUUUGUCAAACAAAGGUGAUUCUAGAAGAUCACUUCCAAAUUCAAAUGGAGAUUCAGCAGGACCUGACCCUGAUACUGAGAGUAGUCCUUUUGCAAAUUCUGCUAAUCCAGUUAUGGCUCUGGUUGCCUUUUUAGCCUCUGCCAUCGGACCUAGAGUUGCUGCAGCCUGUGCCCAUGCAUCCUUGGCAGCACUGUCUGAGGAUUCUCAGAAGGCAUCUGGGCAUGCUAAUCAGAUGAAUUUGGAGAGCAAUAGUGAAGGCAAUUCUCAUGGCGAAAAAACAAGUUCAAGUCAGCAAAAAGAAGAUAACUCUGAAGCACAUGGUCAAUGGAGUCAAAAUGGAGAGGCUGUGCCAUUAUCUGCUGAAAAGGUGAGAGCUGCUGCCAAUGCUGGUCUAGCUGCUGCGGCAACAAAGGCAAAACUGUUUUCAGAUCACGAAGAACGUGAAAUUCAAAGGCUAUCUGCUAAUAUUAUAAAUCAUCAGUUGAAGAGAUUAGAGUUAAAGCUGAAGCAAUUUGCAGAGGUGGAAACCUUGUUAAUGAAAGAAUGCGAACAAGUGGAGAAGGCAAAGCAGAGGAUUGCUGCCGAGCGGACCCACAUGAUAUCAGCACAGUUCAGGCCACCUGCGGUGAUGUCAUCUACGAGCCUACCUGCCACCACUCCCACCAUGGGUGCUGGUCCCGCCAUUGUUAAUAGCUCUGCCAAUAACAGGCAACAAGUCAUGACCGGUUCACCCUCACAGCCAUUCAUUUCCGGGUAUGGAAAUAAUCAACAAAUCCAUCCCCAAUUCAUGCCACAUCAGCAAAUGUAUGGAAUUGGGCCGCGGGUUCCGUUCUCGGGUUUGCAACAGUCCUCGUCGGCAGCUCCCAAUGUUAUGUUCAAUGCUGCGGCAAAUGCUCAGCCUGCUCUCAGUAAUCCGAUGUUGAGGCCUGUAUCGGGGACUAGUUCUGGUUUAGGUUGAAAAUUAGGGAAAAGAAAUUCAGUAUUGGAGUUCUGUGGUUUAAUUAAAUUAAGAAUCCUCUCCUUUUCCUACCUUGAAGAAGGGGGAGAAAAAAGGAUUAAUGUGGAUGAGCCGUGAACUUAUUAUCUGCGUCGCAUUCUUAAAGUAUGUUUCCCAUAUGGAACGAGUGACCCAGGGUAAUACAGAUGCGUCCAAGGUACGUACCAAUUUUUCAGAGGCUCAAUUAUUUGGUUGGUUCAUGUAGCAUGCUCUUAAUUUUUCUUUGUAUUUUCACAAUCAAUAGUAAAGAUGAGGAAGAACUUGAUUAGUAUACUAAUUGUUGCUAGCAAUGUACUGCUUUUUGGAUCAAAGUA